CUGUGAGCUUACUGCCUUGCGCAAAGCUCUCUUCUCAAAGCCUUGUCGUACGUGCUAACCUGUCGUGCUCUAGAAUAGGAUCGUAUGAACCAUCGCUGCAUCAUUCAGCCUUCUUCCAACCACUAGACUGUCUACCAAGCUUUAUCUGCACUCGGCACGCGUUUGAACCAUGUCACCACCACCUAGCAUACGCAGUAGACCGCCGUCCAUUAACACUACUGACGAGAACACACCCCUUUUGUCAUAUGUGGAACCUGCGCCUAUAGUAGAGAGCUCAGAUGUUUCGGACCAGCCCUACGAGAACGAAGAUAUUGAGAACAGGAAUCAGGAUGAACAUCGCCCACUUCCAAAAUUGCAAGUCCUUCUGUUGUGCUACGGGGGGUGUUUAGGGCCUAUUGCAUUCUUCUCGAUCAUUCCUUAUAUCAAUUUCAUGAUUGAGAGAGUUGGCGGUGUCGACAAGGAGGAUGUUGGUUUCUAUUCUGGGCUGAUUGAAAGUCUAUUCAGUGCAACUCAGAUGUGUGUCAUGAUUCUAUGGGGCAAGGCUUCUGAUCGGUAUGGGAGAAAGCCAGUGCUGGUUAUAUCGUUGUUUGGAAUGACCAUUGCUACGUUACUAUUUGGUCUAAGUCAAUCUAUAUGGCAGCUGGCGUUGUUCAGAUGCUUCUCUGGCGUCUUUGCUGGUACUGUUGUCACUGUCCGUGCCAUGCUCUCUGAGAACAGCACCAAACACACACAAGCUCGCGCCUUUAGCUUCUUUGCAUUCUCCAACAAUAUGGGCAUCUUUAUAGGCCCGCUGAUUGGUGGCGGACUCGAGCGACCAGCUGACAAGUUUCCCUCAACUUUUGGCAAGGUGCAGUUCUGGCACGACUAUCCUUACGCGUUGCCAAACAUUGUCAUUGCGGCAGUUGGCUUUUCUGCCGCCAUUUCCACCCUGCUGUUUGUAAAGGAAACGCUGCAUACUCAUGGUGAUGCGAAGAACUCGAAGCCCAGCAUGUCGACUUGGGAACUACUCAAGUACCCCGGUGUCGCUCGUGUUCUUCUUAUUUACAAUUAUGUGAUGCUUCUGGCGUACACUUUUACCGCCGUGUUUCCACUAGCCCAAUAUACACCUGUGGAUAUGGGCGGCCUCGGCUUCUCAUCAGGUCUAAUCGCCAUAUUCACGGGACUCAAUGGGGUGUCUCAAGCUAUUUGGCUACUACUAGUCUUCCCGAUACUGCACAAGCGUUUCGGCACUGGUCGUUUGCUCUGGCUAUGCGCGCUAGCUUGGCCUAUCCUUUUCGUCUCUAUUCCGAUUUACAACGUCUUUCUGCGAUAUGGCAAGACUAUCCUUUUCUGGGCUACCGGACCGCCGAUGCUGGCAUUUUUCUGUGGAGUUUCAAUGGCAUUCACCUCUGUACAGCUUGCACUCAACGACAUUUCACCCUCGCCUGAGACCCUUGGGACACUGAACGCGAUUGCAAUUGCGUUUCAGUGUGGUCUUCGAUCCGUUGCUCCUGCCGUGGCGACUAGUAUAUACGCUCUCAGUGUCAAGUACAACAUCCUAUGGGGCCAGCUAUUUUGGCUUACCCAGGUUGCUUUAGUAUUUGGGUUGUACGCAUUGUUGCCGUUGCUUCCAGCCAAGGUCAGAGGUGGUGCGAGACCUAAACAUGACAAUGGAGAUGCAUAGUGUUUCUAGGAAUAUAAAAGGAGGAAUUCACAGCUCCUUCAUAUGCAAUUGUAGGAGCCAAUAUCAUUAUAGAGAGGCAAAGUGGUCCUGUACGAUACUACCUUGGCUGGCUACCUCGCACUUUUGACAGUCGUCACUUUGAAGUAUUCAUUACUUUAGUAUACAGAUAUGGUUGGAAAAUGAGAAAACGGAAUUCGGUUAUUCUCAAUCGGCGAAGCGGCUACGUUGUAAUGAUGAAG